AGAGCCUCGGUCGCUUACAGGCGGCAUCAAUCAAUUAGCAACUAGAUCCAAGUAAUCAAGUCUGUAAAUUAACGAUGAUAAUAAGUGAUAUUGAUGAGUUGGUGGAUUAAAUAUGCACUAAUAGUUUGAUCAGAGAUUCUGAAUUUAUAUAGUCCUACUAAUUUACUGGAUUGUUCUCAAAAUGAAGUUAGACGAAAUAACACCAGAUGAUAGUCUAGACAGUGUGCCAGAAAGUAUUUCAUCUAGUCUAGGUAAACCGUUUUUGACUGCAACUUUCUAAAGUUUCUCUUAGUUGGGAAUACAUACGCUGUUGAGUCAAUAAAUGAUGCCUUAUUGAUGCUUUCAAGGGAAUCUAGUUUUUCCGAACUAUUCAGUGAAAGUGAACAGAAAUGGUUCGAAAAUUUUAAAAAUUUGCCAAAUCUGUCCAAAUCACUGAUUAUUCGCUUAUAUGGUCGGUCUCAAAAGAUUUUUCGAAGAUCGGACCUCAUGAAAAUUAUUCCGAAUGAUAUUGAUCAAUGCUUAAGAGAAUUAAACGGUUUAAGAUUUCUUUGUACAGGUUUAGUCAUAGCUGUAAUUAAAAACCCAUAACUAUUGCGUACUGCCUUAGAUAUACAAUCGUUAUCAAGCGAAAUGUUGAUACAUGCUCUUAACCGUCAGGAGCUGGACCAGUUAGCUGGGAUGUACAACAUCAAGAAUUUCAAAAGUCUAACAAUGAUUCAGUUGAGAGAUACCUUGUUGAAAACUUCAUCUGUUUCACCUAUGGCUUCAUUUUUCAAAGUUUCUAUUCAGAGUAAAGAUAGAUUUAAAAGAUUAAUAACUCGAAUUCUUCAUGGUUGCUGGUAUGUGGACGAGACAUACACGCAGUUAAUUACUCAAUUACUUUGGUUAACGUCUCUUGGUUCUGAAUCAGCAUAUAAUAGACCAAAUAAAUUGCAGUCAAUUGAAGCCAUUAUGAAAGCUGAGCUAUAUGCAAUGAUGCUUGUUCGUCGAGGUGAACUUGUCUUUCCGUCAUACGUAGUCAAUCGUAAAUCUACAAUAUAUCGUACAAGUGACGAAUUCCAAAAGUUUGUUCCAUAUUUCAAUCCAAUUGAAUACGAUUACCUGUUAUUUUCUUUUACUCAAAGGUUUCUAGAAUUCAUGAGUUUGGAAAUCCGAAUAGAAUAUUUAAUUAGUCAAAAAUUGUAUGAUCUUGCUUUACAAUUAUGUUUGGAUAAGAAAACUAAGUUAAUCAACGAAGUUACGAACCUUUCAUUUCGUCGCAUUGAUCUGCCUCAAUUUCUACGGCGUUUCACUUCACCAUACCGUGCAUUUCGUUCAUUACUACUAAUGAUCGAUAUAUAUGAACGUCAGAGAAAGUAUAAUGAAGCCAUUAAACUACUUGAAACAUUAUUAUCUUUAACUUGGUCAUUACAUAAUGAUGAUAAAUUUUUAAACCUAAAAUUAACUGGUUGUGUUCUAGAUCAACUUGGUCCUUGUCGUUUAGGCUAUCUGUUAAAUCGUUACAUCAUUAAUCAAGGCACACAUGAGAAACAACCAAUUAAAGCAUUUAAGUAUGUGACUAAUUACUUCAAAUUAUACAAUGAAUGUCAGUGUCUUAGAGCCGGUCGUCGUUUAAUGAUUCAUGAACAGUUGAUGAAAUUGUUUGGUGGAGUGAAAAAAGAAGAAAAUAAUCACCACCAAAGUGGUCAUACCAUUGCUGCUACUACCACUACAAAUGUUACUAGUAAUAAACCACCUAAUACUGGUGGUAAUAAAAAUAAUGCUUCUGACGGCAAUGAAAUAAAAAAUACAACCAUUCAAGUGAAACGUAGAAGAAUUCAAAAACCUGUCAAUAUUCACGGUAAAUAUUCUAAGAAUAACAAUGAGAGUACUGGAGAAGUUUAUCGUACGAAUGAAAUUUUUAUUGACAGUGAAAAAGAAGAAUUACUCACGGUGAUACCUUCGCUUGUGAUUAAUAUCAAAGGACCGCCUAAAGUUGAAAUUACUGCUCCUGUUAAUGCAUCAGCUAAAGAAAUCGGUACACAUCGUCCACAUUAUGUAUGGUUUGAAAAUACUUCACCGAAUAAACUUCAACAUCAGCGAUCACCUCAAGAAUCCAAUACUUUGUUACUUACAGUUGAACAAUGGACUGUACGCUAUUAUAUGGCUAAUAAAAAUUUUGAACACGGUAUACAUUGUGAAUCCCAAAUAUAUCAUCUUUUAUUCUGCAUACUGUUUUAUGAUAUUUUAUUCGAAAUAUCACCAUCUCCACCGGAUGUCUUCUAUUCAUAUCGUCAGUCAGCGCCAUUAGAUUUAUUUACAGAUGAAUUUUAUCAGUCGCGAAAAGAUUUAAUCGAUGCUAGAUUGCGAUGGCUUUUGGCUGUUGACCAAUCAGAUGAUCAUUCUAAUUCUUUGGCAUUUCGUAUCCAUACUUAUUGGGAGAUGCAUAAUGGUGAACGUUGUUUGUGGGCUAAUUGGGAUUUAUUGAAAAAUUCACAGGAGCUUAUAGACAUAUUUUGGUGUCUUGGACCUUGUGUAGUUCACGAUGUUUGUCGUAAAUUAGCUACAGACUACAGAAGUUGGAGGUCGGGUCUUCCUGAUCUUUUAUUAUGGAGUCCUACAGAAACUCGAUCUAAGGUACGAAAUCUUUCUAUUUCAGUUCAAUUUUCUUUUCACAUUUAACGAAAUUUCCAGUUUUCUUCCCAAGUUUUUGAAUAAAUUUGUCUGAAACUUCCGUGUUUAGUCCUAUCUAGCUCAUUAUAUUAUUUGUGUGAAUUUAUACGUACCGAUAAUAGUAAAUGUUAUUUCCUAAGUGAUUAAUGCAAAGUGAUUUUGCAGUCACGUUGAAGACUUUCAAAAGUUUUUACAUAGAGUAUAUACGAUGCAAAAGACUAUCGGGUAGGCGAAGAUUGCUUUCACUAUCACUUAAGUGAUCGGUUAACCGAGCAUGAUUAUUUAUAGAUCCUUUGAACACCACAAGUUAAAAUAUUUUCUAUGAUUGAAAUAUUUUACAAGGAUACGUAUAAUUUUUUACAAUGGUGUAUUAGCAAUGAAUAAAAUUAUCUAAAUGCAAUAUUAAUUACAGACUAUAUCUUAUAAUAUAAUAGACUAUUUGUCGUUCGUGAUGAUUCAUCUUCUAAAAGAAUAAAGAUAAAAUUAAUGGAACCUUAUGUUCAAGUGAACUCAGAAGUAUAAUAAAUAUUAGAUCAAAUGAUAAAUAAUAUUAAUGAGAAAUAAUUAAUUGGAUCAAUAAUCAUUUAGAAUGAAGCAUAAUAGAACAGAAGAAAGUUAAUACAAACCCACUUUAGAUUAUAUUGUACCAAUGAAAUAUUACUUUAUAUAACCAACUCUGUUAGCUCAUAUAAAUAAUCGUGAUGAAUUCACGUAACUUAAUCAAACAAUAGAAGACUGUUAUUCCCCAUUUUUUGCAUUUUCCUACUGUUGACAGUUAGGACUGUAAUUGGUCUUUCAUUGUUGAUAUAUGCAUAGUCCCCAAUAUUGCCUUUUGAUUACGAGUUUUUAGUAAUAUUUCGAUUAUGUAUAGCGGACUAAUAAUUUGGAUGUAACUGCAUCUCAUUGUUGAUGUUUAAACUGAAAUUCUGAUCCCAGUACUUAUCACUUCAAAAUAUAACUAGUAACCAACUAGACUUCUGAAUCCAAAUACCUACACUUUGUUCAAUAGCUCGUCUUCAGGUAACCUAAACCAAUCCACAUAUGUGCAAGACUGCAAGUGCUGUAUGAUUGAAUGAUUGUACGAGCCUGUAUUUUAUGGUUCUUGAUAUUCAGGGCUACAAUUAAUGCAGAUAACUGCAUAUUCGUUAAAAAUUCUCAUAUGUGGAUUCGGUAGCCUUGCGGAAAAUUCGUUGACAUUUGGAGAGCUAUUAAGUCUUAGUGUAAACAUCAAUACUAGGAUGCGAGUGUAGAUCUAACUGAUGAGAGCAUAAUAAGUCAAACGGUGUUUCUUAUAUACAAUCUUCAAGCAGGAUUUUUUCCGAUUAACUUCCCAAAUAUAUUAUGAGCUAUUUCUUUUUUUUUCAAGAGCAAAUAACUGUCCAUCUGCGUAAGUCAAUCAUAUAUUAUUGAAAUCUUUCUAUUCAGUUUAAAAGUCGUCUGCUUUUUCAUCACCAUUGCAUUAUUGAUUCUGUAGUAAUUCAGUUAGUUUAUUGUUUAUGUUUCAGUUAUGAAGAUUCUACUUUUAUUUAAUUUGAGUAUUUAAAUAAUCCGCUUAUCACUGUCAUAAAUUACUAUUAUUUAUCGUAUUUCAAAUGUAGAUUGUAGAAGUUAAAGGACCCGGAGACCAUUUAUCCACUCAACAAAUAAUGUGGCUUGAUGUACUUGUCCAGGCUGGUGCCGAUGUAGAAAUCUGUUUAAUAUCAGUUUUUUUUAGCUGAACCACUAAAAUCGCUUCGUUCAAAAUCCAACCAUUGAAAUGGAACAAAAUAACAAGAUCUAAUUAAUUUAUUAUUAGAAGUAAUAAGAAAAAAAACCGACAAGAGUAUACCGUUGAAUUAAAUUUUAUAUCAUUUUCAGAUCUGUUUACAUUAUGAUUCUCCUGUAUUUUCGAAUCUUAAUAAUAAAUACUUUAAAAGUGU